AUGGAAGAAAUAUUACAAAUCCAAGUUGGCCAGUGUGGCAAUCGGGUCGGAAACAGCGUACGUCAUUUUUUUAAAAUGAUGUUUAUUUUUUUUUUUUUUUCUGUGAACAACUUUUCUACCAGAAAUUUUUCUCCGAUGUUCAAAUGUAGCACACCUAUUUUCUGAAUGGAAAUUUGACUGGGGUGGUACUUUAACAAGGUCAUUUUUUGGUUUUUCCAAUGGUUUUCAUAAAAAAUGGAAACUUACGAAAAUUUACUAAACGUAUUAUUUUUCAAAUUGUAAAUAUUAUGGCCUUUUAGAACAUAUAUAACCGAACUCCGCUCAGAAUCGUUUCGUAUAGAUGUACAUUAAAUUUCCUUUUAUAUCCUGAUUUCCCAACUUCUAUCCUACAACAGUGACCCACACGUCGUACAACUUAUGUCCGUAUCUUUUUAUAUUAUAAUAAUAUACAAGAAAAAAUUUAUGAAACGCGAGUAAUGUUGGGUACCUUUAGGUAUAGUAGAUGGAUUAUAAAAAAAAUCGUAUACGUACCUUUUAUUGUUUCGGCACGAAGAAUAAAAGUACAUACCUAUAUUUUUGGGUUGACCUUUAAAAGUUUACCUUUACUUUUCUUGGCCGGUAAGUAUUCUAACAACGAGUAUGUAUAAACAAAACAAACAAAAUCGCUUGUAUAAUAUUAUUAUAAUAAAACUACCUGAAAAAGUUGCAUUUGUAUUUUCUCUCUUGUUAAGUUUGAUAAUAGUAACACGACGAUUUCGUUUCCAAUCGGUGUCUACAAGUUAGCUGAGAUAGAUCCGGUCAUUUGGACUGACAUUUAAACAUUUUACAUGUAUUAUUGAUUCGAUCGUGCACUCUUUAAAAAUAAUAUUUUAUCAUAAAAAAAGUUAUAUAUUUUCAUAUAUAAUAUUGUAUACCACGGAAUAUUGAUUCGUCAUCUGAGCAGUGACAACCAGCGCAACUAGACACUUGGGCACCGGGGUCUUAAAAUCAAUUAAAAAUCGAAGCCCUCUCCUGAAGGUUUUUUCAUUAAAUAUUUUUUUAAAUUUUAUUUAAGUAGAUAUUGAUAAUAAAUAAAAUAUUGUCAAAUGUGUAAAAGAAAUCUUACUAUACUAUUAUAACAUAAGGUAGGUAUAUUAUUUUAUUGCUCACGGACUCGACCAUGUCAACUUGCCAGCUACUGCAUCCGAGUUUAACAUAAAUAAUUAUACUUACCUACGUGACAUUAAAAUAAUACUAUGAUAUGUGUUUUCGUUGACAGUUUUGGAAAACCGUUUCAGACGAACACGGACUUGAUAAGCUGGGCCGGUUCGACGGCAAUUCUGCUGACACCCAGUUGGACCGGAUAAACGUCUACUAUGAGGAAAUUUCGAGUAAGCCUUAAGUACUAUUAGGUACAUCACCAGAGCUUAGAAAGUUCUUUUAAAAAAGAAAUUAUUUCACAUUCAUUUUGUUAAUAUGAAACUGAUUAAGGGAUUUUUAAAAAAAGAACCAUUAGUUACUUUACUCGUUCCUAACAGGGAAGUAUUUUUCGUCCUCAAAUAAAAAUAAAAACCGUUCAUUUAUAUAUUAAUGUAUACGUUUAUUACGUUUUAAUAUAUUAUCAAUAAUAAACACUUAACUUGCAAAUGCCCUUUACAUAAUAAUAUUAUUAUUAUAUAAUAAAUGUCCAAAAACGUUUUGAGGGUUUAAUUAGGUGGGUUUAUCUAUGAAAAGAGAACGAAAAAUAAUCGUUUAUUUUUCUUCAAUAAAUAAACGUGCGUUCGAAAAUAAAGGAACGAGUUACUUUAUAUCGAUUCCUUCCAAGCAAUGGUAUAGUACACUGAUUAAUCUAAAAUUUUACAAUUUGUACCGUUUUCGGUCAAGUAUCUAUUAAAAAUUGGCAAGUUGUUCAAAACUGUGAUGAGGUUCCCUUCAAUAUAGUUAAGUUUGGGUAAUCUCUGGUAAUAUUAUCCUAGUUUUGUGUGUCCAUAUGGUAUUUAUUAUUUAUUGUAUUAUUGCAGGGCCUCCGCCCGUUAUAUAUUAAAAUAAAGAAAUAUAAAAAGACGUUCUAGGAUAAUGGGGACGGGUACAGUCACUGUUAUAGGUAAUUUAAUGUAUACCUGUAAACAACGAUAAGCCAUUGCUAACGAAAAAAAGAAUCUGAGUGGAGUUCAGUUGAUAGUAAUGUUUUGUCAACAAUAUUUAUGUCAUAUCAUAGUAAAAUAAUUAAAUAGGCUUUAUAUAUUUUUUCAUUAAUAAUAUUUGUUUUAUGUUGUACCGAUUUCCCCAGUUUUUCCAUGAUUUUUUUCGGUUUUUCAAAUUUGAUGAGAAAAUCGAAAAGCGACCUCUUUAAAGUAUCUCCCCAGUCGGAUUUUAUUUUAGAAAAAUUGCUAUAAUUAUAAAUUGGAACGAAUUGCUGGUAAUAAAGUUGUGCACAGAACAAAAAAAAAUUGAAAAAAAUUGCACGGAACAAGAAUUCUGGUAGAAAAGUUGCGCAGCUUUGUAAAACCAUAAACUUCUUCACUCCACUCAGAAUCUUAAUUCGCGUACAUUUUUUAUAGUUAUAAUUGAGCUGUAAAAACCGUUAAACAUCCCGGAAAAAUCAGCUGAUCAGAGAACACUUGGUCUCCCUCAAAAAACGUAUACCGUUACUCUGUACAUAGGUAGUCAGCGUUUUCCUAAGUUUACGUUUAUAUUUUUCGCGCAACGCCAUUGUCUAUAUUUCAGAAAAAAUACAAUUCUAUACGUACCUAUGUAAUAAAUAUUUUUUACGACCGUCUACCUGCCGUCCGAAACGUCUUUUUAUUUUUUAAAUCGCGUGCCUCGAACUUUCGUUAUUAGAUACACGCCAGUUUCUAUAUUAUAAUAAUAUUAUAUUGACAGUUAUAAGUAGGUACCUACGCUGUCGAUCGAUAUUGACUUUUCAAGUUUUUCGGUACUUAAAUAAGGUUCAGAAGAUCACGCUAUAUAACACUAUCAGUGACGUGACUAAUACACAUUAAAGUAUCCCUAGACGAAAUAUUUUUUCCGUUUUCUAUACCUAUAAUAAAAAGUAUAAAUCAUACUUUGUCUGCACCAAAACAGUGCUGUGAUAAAUGGCGGCGCCAGAAAAGUAAACUUUAGGUAUUAAUCCGUGGAGAUUGUCAUUUGCAACCGUUUUUACUUAUUUUUUGUUAUUAAAUUUUAUUAUUAUUUUAAAUCUUUUUAAACAAUUAAUGAGUAGCGCAACAUAGGCACAGAUUUCCUACAAACAAAUUGUGUAUGAAAUGUAAAAUAAAAUAAAAUAGUUAUGAUAAAUGCGUGCAAAAAAUAAUGUAAAUGAAAUGUGUAGUUGCUUAUUGUAAGAGUCGUGUAAAGAGGAUUGUGGAGGCAUAGCUCCUCCCCCCAAAAAAAAAAAAAAAAUUGAUGGUCUAGUUGCGCGUAAAUCUAGGAUUUUGUUGACCUAAAUUAUACGGGGCAUGUUAGGACACCCCCCGUGCGGAAAAUUUAGUGCAUUUUAAAGCUAAAAUCUUUCGGUGAUCAAAAUAUGUGUUUGUAACUUCGGAGUAGAAAUAAUCAGUGGCGUACUUAGGAUUUUUCAACAAUGAGCGGGAUGGUGGAUAACUGGCCGAAGUAACAUUGAUAUCGAAAAAUACAAGGUAAUAUCAUACCUACCCGUAGGUUAAGUAAGGUGACCUAAUUACUCGGGUACAUUAAUAAGCCGGUUCGUGUUGUGAUUCUAACAUUAUGUAUUGUGGUCCAUUCGUUGUGUCCCGCCGACGGUCGUCUGCGAAAUUCGGGUGUCUUCACAAAAAAAAAAAAAUUACAAUAAAUUUUUUAUUUAUUAAAUCACUAAUUAUUACCCGAUUUACAACGCGUCUAAAAUGUAACACCGGAACUACGUAUUGCGUGGCCCAGCGCUAUGUUACUAGUCUUACACUCGAACCAAUACACUUUGACGUGUUUGAACCCACACCGUAUUUUAAUCGGUUCUACUCUAUUAUUUACAUGCAUCUGCAUUUAUAAAUGGAGUGGAUAAUGGAUAGUGACUAGUAAGCAUAAUGUCGAAUAUUCGUGUUACAAAUCGCAGGCAAGUCGUAUAUGCCGAGGGCCGUACUCGUCGAUACAGAUUUGACGGCGUUGAACGCCAUUGGUGGCGCCGGACGGUUCAAGCAAGAAAGCUUGGUAGGCGGCAGCGGCGGGACUGGCACUAACUGGGCCAGAGGGUAUAACGACGUUAAACUUGCCGGCCGCGUCCUGGACGCCGUCCGGUUCGCGGCGGAGCGAUGCGACCGACUGCAAGGGUUUCAGAUUGUGCACUCGUUGGGGGGCGGUACAGGUUCUGGGUUGGGAUCCAGGAUCGUGGACGCGCUCCGAGACCAGUACGCGGGUCGGACGGUGAACACGUUCAGCGUUGUGCCGUCGUCGUCGGUGUCGGCCUCGGGGAUCGAGCCGUACAACGCGGCCCUGUCCAUGGCCCGGCUGAUCGGUGGCGCGGACAAUACGUAUUUCGCGGACAACCGGGCGCUGUACGCCUCGUGCAUGACCCGGACAGUGCCCAUGGCCGGGCCGGCGUACGCGGACCUCAACCACCUGGUAGUGCAGACCAUGUCGGGCGUCACCACCGGGCUCCGGUUCGCUGGUGAGCUGAACGUCGACAUGAAAAAGUCUACCGCCAACCUGGUGCCGUACCCGAAGAUGCACUUUUUUGUUCCCAACUUUGCGCCACUCACGUUUCGUGGAAAUCCCGGGCUGUGCGACGGUAUUACGCCGCAAACCGUCCCGGAACUGAUCAAUCAGCUGUUCACGGAGGUCGGCCGCGGUUGCGGGCAACGGGACCGUGACGGCAAGUUGCCGGCAGUAAUGGCCGCGUCCGUCACGUUACGCGGCCGGAAUUUAUGCGCCGUACAAAAGAUGCGUACGAUAAAGCAGAUCGUGGCUACGGCGGCGGCCGAACACUGCCGAUGCCCGGCUGAGAAUGUCAAGACGGCCGCUUACGACGUGCCGACACACGGCCUCGACUUGAGCGGCACUGCGGUGGCCAACACGACCGCGGUGGCCCGCGUGUUCAGCCGGGUGUGCCGGCGGUACUCGACGAUGUUCGCGAAAAAAGCGUUCCUGCACUUGUUCACCGACGAGGGCAUGGUCGACGACGAUUUCCGGCGCGCCCGCGACGAGAUCGAAUCGCUAACGGCCGAAUACAAGGCGCUCGAGGUGGACGAAAAUCCGAGCGGUACCGACACCGACAGCAACAACGACAGCGUCGUCGGCUGA